AUGGCUCCUAGCUCCCUCAUCUCCACCGUGGCCAUGUCGGUCCACCAGCUCCGCCAGGCUCCCUCAUCCCUCCGGCUCCGCCUUGAUAAAAAGCAAGACAUGACGAGGCUUCAGUAUCUGGGAGAUAAACAGCAGAACUGUGCCAUCAGACUGAGUCAUGUGACACAGAAUGAUGAACGCAUGUACUAUUUCAGAUUCAUUACAAAUGUAACAAAAGGAAGAUGGACUGGUCAUCCAGGAGUGGCUCUUGCUGUCACAGAUCUUCAGGUGGAGGCUCCUGAGAGAGUGACAGAGGGAGAUUCAGUGCGUCUGACAUGUAAAAGCAGCUGCACUCUGACUGACAGAGCAACAUUCAUCUGGUACAGAAACUCACAGCCAUUAACUGAGAGAAGAGACAGAAACAAUCAACUCCUGCUGCAGUCAGUCAGAAGAGAGGAUGCAGGCAGAUACAGCUGUGCUCUACAUGAACACACUUACAUCUCUCCUGCUGUUUAUCUCAAUGUCACGUAUCCUCCAAAGAACACCUCAGUGUCCAUCAGUCCGUCUGGUGAAAUAGUGGAGGGAGAUUCAGUGACUCUGAGCUGCAGCAGUGAUUCAAACCCACCUGCAAAAAUCAGCUGGUUUAAAGGAGGAACAAUUCUAGGAUCUGGAAGAAUCUACAGCAUCUCAAAGAUCAGCUCUGAUGAGAAUGGAGAAUACAAGUGCAAAUCCAGAAAUAAACAUGGAGAGAAAUACUCUGAUACUGUGACUUUAAACGUCAUGUAUCCUUCAAAGAGCGUCUCAUUGUCCAUCAGUCCAUCUGGUGAAAUAGUGGAGGGAGAUUCAGUAACUCUGAGCUGCAGCAGUGAUUCAAACCCACCUGCAGAAAUAAGCUGGUUUAAAGGAGGAACGUUUGUAGGAUCUGGAAGAAUCUACAGCAUCUCAAAGAUCAGCUCUGAUCACAGUGGAGAAUACAAGUGCAAGUCCAGAAAUAAACAUGGAGAGAAAUACUCUGACAAUGUGAUGCUGAAUGUGAUGUACCCACCAAAGAGUGUCUCAGUGUACAUCAGUCCGUCUGGUGAAAUAGUGGAGGGAGAUUCAGUGACUCUGAGCUGCAGCAGUGAUUCAAACCCACCUGCUCUGAACUUCAGCUGGUUUAAGGAGAAUCAAAGCUCAGCUGUUGGAUCUGGACAGAGUUUCAGUGCACUACAGAGUGGACGCUUCUACUGUGAGGCUCACAAUCAACACGGAUCUCAGAGAUCAGAUGCUGUUACUGUCACUGUCAUGUACCCACCAAAGAGUGUCUCAGUGUACAUCAGUCCGUCUGGUGAAAUAGUGGAGGGAGAUUCAGUGACUCUGAGCUGCAGCAGUGAUUCAAACCCACCUGCUCUGAACUUCAGCUGGUUUAAGGAGAAUCAAAGCUCAGCUGUUGGAUCUGGACAGAGUUUCAGUGCACUACAGAGUGGACGCUUCUACUGUGAGGCUCACAAUCAACACGGAUCUCAGAGAUCAGACGCUGUUACUGUCACAGUUCACCAUAGAGCUGGUAGUACUGUGUUUCAAAUCACAGCAGUAUCUGGAGGAUUAUUCAUCAUCAUAAGCAUCAUUGUACUAUUUAUAAUUCAGAGAAAAAUUAUGAAUGGAAGAUCUGCAAUACAUGAGUACGAGAAUGAUGAUCUCAAUGCAAACAGAUAUACAGCUCUUGACCCCAGGACCAGAUCUUCUGAUCAGUACAACAUACUCACAUCCGCCCAUCCCACACCUGCUGUUCACCAGUUGGGCUCUUCUGAACAUGAGAAUCAGACUCCACACAGCAAGCUGACGUGGUAAGAUGAAGCCCAAAUUAAACUUUACUCCACUUUUGUGGCAUCGCUGGACACCCACAUCACAACUCCUGAUAAAAAAAAAUUAAUGACUUUAUGUAUUCCCAUUCUGCAGUG